GCUAGUGAUCCAACCCAGCCAAAAAUUUCCCAAUACCAUCCACACGGCUUUACCUACAACUAUGAGAGGGAUAGGGAUGAACUAGGGAAAAUGAUAGUACACGCCGAACAACCUUUUCUUUUCUCGGAAAGUGACUGAUAAGUGCAUAAUAUACUAUAUUUUUAGUCCCCAAUAUUAGUCCAAUGGCCGUUUUAUAUUUGUUAUUUUAUGAUUUUAUUUACUUUUAUUAUUUUAGAGUUUAUUUUAUUCUUUAUUUUAUUUUAUAGCUAUUUUUAUAAUAAUUGGUACUUAAUAUCAAGUUGUGUGUUUUGAUAGGAAAGCGAGAAGAAAAAGGAGUAGGAUUGACAAAUACAAAUAAUUAAAAGAAGCCCAUUUGUUUUACUACUCCAAGUACCACCACGUGCCAUCAUCUAAAAGAAAGGAAAAAAUGAGAUAAGAAGAAAAGAAGAAAAGGGUGCGUGAAAACCAAAGCUCAGAAUCCCACCUCUCAACUCCAUGUUUAUCUUCAUCAAGCUCAAAAUCUUUCUUCAACACACCCGAAAUUCAAGGAAGUGAUGAAUUCUUAUCCUAUUUCAAAAUUUUAUCCUCCCGAACCCAAAAAUCGAUGGAUGUUUUUGGGUAUAAAAAAAACCCAAUUAUUCAUACGGAGGACACACAACUUAGCCAAUAAUUAUACAAAGAGUACGAGAGUUCGAGUGAUUCCGUAAUUGGGCAAUUGGUGAAGAGAAGAUAGCCAUUGGAGGGCAGCUUAGUCUCGAAUCCAAGGUAGAACAAGAACGAAGGUGAAUCGCGGGGUCGAAGCCGGGUUUUUUCGGGUGUUCUUCAGAGUGUAUGUACGCGUACGAUAAAGAAGCUAGACUUCAGCGCAUUAAAGCAUACGUAGCUUCCUAAACGAGGCUGAACCAUAGAAGCUGCUUCACAUUUUCAGUGCUGAACCAGAACUUGAAAUAUAAGAUCCAUUACCGAUUGAAUACAAGAACAUGGCAGAACGAACACUGAAGGAAUUGGGAGCACCGAGAACAGGAGAAGACCCUCUGUGCAUUGUCUUUCCAGAGCUAGAGAAUCCUCUAAAGCCGAAUUCAGGUUUCCUUAAUCUUCUCCCUAAAUUCUAUGGGAACGCAGGUGAGAAUCCUUAUAGACACUUAAAAGAAUUUAAGGUUGUAUGUUCUUCCAUGAAUCCAGAAGGCAUAGAACAAGAACAUAUUAGAUUGCAUGCUUUUCCUUUUUCUUUGCAAGAUCCUGCCAAAGAGUGGCUAUAUGAGCAACUUUCACCUAGUUCUAUUAAUUCUUGGGCAAAAAUGGAAAAAGUUUUUCUUGAAAGAUUCUUUCCUGCGAGUCGUAUUGGUUCUAUUAGGAAGGAAAUUUGUGGAAUUAGACAAAAUAAUAACGAAUCUUUAUAUGAGUAUUGGCAACGUUUUAACAGAUUUUGUUCAUCUUGUCCCCAACACCAAAUAAGUGAGCAAUUGUUAAUUCAAUAUUUUUAUGAGGGGUUGUUACCUAAUGAGAGAGGUAUGAUAGAUGCAUCAAGUGGGGGGGCAUUAGUAGAUAAAACUCCAACGAAAGCUAGAAAGUUAAUUUCUAAUAUGGCUCAAAAUACUCAACAAUUUGGCAGUAGAAAUGAUGUUAAAAGAGUUAAUGAUGUGGACUUAAGUGGAAUUAAAAAUCAAUUACAAGAAAAUGCUCAACAAAUUGCUGCUUUAACCACCUUAGUGUCUAAAAUUGUUCCUGGUAAUGAGUCUACAGCUAGAGUAUGUGGUGUUUGUUCUGAUUUUUCUCAUGCUACUGAUGAAUGUCCUACUUUACUAAGUGAAGAUGUUAAUGCCUUAGGAGGUUUUCUUGGUCAAUCUCAAAGGAAAUAUGACCCUUUUUCUAAUACUUAUAAUGAAGGUUGGAAAGAUCACCCUAACCUUAGGUAUGGACCUAGACCACCAUUUUCUCAUUCUAAUCAAACUAGGCCAUUUGUUCAACAAAAUUCACAACAACAAUCUGGUUCAUCAUUAGAGGAUUUAGUGAAACAAUUGACUACCCAAAUUGGACAAGUUCAUAGUCAAGGUGUUCAAUAUCAAAAGAACUGUAUAGAUACUCAAAUAGGUCAAAUUAGCACUUCCCUUAGUAAUUUGGAAUCUCAGCUUUCGAAUAGGCUCCCUUCUCAAACACUUGCCAAUCCAAAUGAACAUGCUAAAGUUGUAACACUUAGAAGCGGUAAAGAGUUAAAGGAACCUAAAAUAAAGAAUAGAGAAAUAGAGAAAGAGGUAGAAGUCAGACCUAAGGAUGAUGUAGCUAGUGAGAGUAAGGAAAAACAUGAUACAGAAAGUGAGAAAGAACUGGAAAAGAAGGGUAAUUUUGAUGUGAAUUAUGAUGUUUCUCGUUUUAAAGAUAAUCCCCCUUUUCCUUCCCGAUUUGCUAAAGCUAAGAAGGAGGCCCUUGACAAUGAAAUACUUGAAACAUUUAGGAAGGUUGAAGUGAAUAUCCCUCUUCUUGAUGCUAUUAAACAGAUACCUAAGUAUGCUAAGUUUCUAAAAGAACUUUGUACUAACAAAAGGAACUUCAAGCCUCGUGAAAAGGUAAGAAUGGGUGAGAACAUAUCUGCUGUAAUUCAAAAGAAACUUCCUCCAAAAUGCAAAGAUCCUGGCAUGUUUUCUAUCCCAUGUAAAAUUGGUAACACUAAAUUUGAAAGAUGCAUGUUAGACUUAGGUGCUUCAAUUAAUGUCAUGCCUAAAUCUGUAUAUGAUACUUUGAAUGUGGGUCCUUUGUCUAAAACUAAUGUUGUUAUCCAAUUAGCUGAUAGAUCUAAUGCAUUUCCCAUGGGAGUUUUGGAAGAUGUACUUGUUCAAGUGAAUGAACUAGUUUUUCCUGCUGAUUUUUAUGUGCUUGAUAUGGGUGAUAGAUCUGAUAGUGUUCCUUUAUUGUUGGGUCGUCCUUUUCUAAAGACUUCCAAAACUAAAAUUGAUGUUCAUGAAGGUAAUUUGACAAUGGAAUUUGAUGGCGAAAUGAUUAAAUUCAACAUAUUUGAUGCUAUGAAAUACCCUAAUGAUAUCAGUAAUGUUAGUUCUAUAGAUUCAUUUGAUGCAUGUGACUGGAUGGCUCAGGAUGUUUUUGAUGAGUGGUGUAAAAAUCUGUUUGAAAAUGGUGUGUUUGGUGAUUUUAAGGAAACAAAAAUGGUUGAUUCUUUUGUAGUUUCAUCUGAUGUGAUUGAACCUGAUGCUUGUGAUGGAUGUGAAAAAUCUUUACCUUCUAUUGUGCCUAAAUUGAUCCCUUCUACUGUUAAGCCACCUGAAUUAGAAUUGAAGCCCCUUCCUUCUAAUUUGAAGUAUGCUUAUUUGGGUGAUAAUGAGACUCUACAUGUGAUCAUUUCAAGUUCUUUAAAUGAAUCUCAAGAGACUAAGUUAUUGAAUUUGCUUAAAAAUCACAAGGAAGCCUUAGGAUGGACUUUAGCUGACAUAAAAGGCAUUAGUCCCGCCAUGUGCAUGCAUAAAAUUUUUCUUGAAAAAGAUGCUAAACCAACUAGAGAGGCUCAACGUAGAUUAAAUCCUUCAAUGAUGGAAGUAGUUAAAAAGGAAAUUCUAAAAUGGUUAGAUGCAGGAGUGAUAUAUCCUAUUUCCGAUUCUCAAUGGGUAAGUCCUAUACAUGUGGUACCUAAAAAGAGUGGAAUAACAGUUGUCGAAAAUAAUAAAGGAGAAUUUUUCCCCACUAGAGUUUCUAAUGGAUGGAGAGUUUGUAUUGACUAUAGGAAGCUUAAUCAAGCUACUAGAAAAGACCAUUUUCCUCUGCCAUUUAUUGAUCAGAUGUUAGAAAAACUUGCUGGACAAUCUUUCUUCUGUUUUCUGGAUGGUUAUUCAGGUUACACACAAGUACCCAUUGCCCCUGAAGAUCAAGAUAAAACCACUUUUACCUGUCCUUUUGGUACAUUUGCUUUUAGAAGAAUGCCUUUUGGUUUAUGUAAUGCUCCAGGAACUUUUCAGAGAUGUAUGAUGAGCAUAUUUUCUGAUUUAAUCGAACAUGAUAUGGAAGUUUUUAUGGAUGACUUUACUGUUUUUGGUGAUUCAUUUGAUAGAUGUCUUCAUGCUUUAACUCGUGUUCUGAAGAGAUGUGUUGAAACUAAUCUUGUUUUGAAUUUUGAAAAGUGUCAUUUCUUGGUAGAACAAGGCGUGGUUCUUGGUCAUAUUGUAAGCGCUAAAGGUUUAGAGGUAGGCAAAACUAAAAUUGAGGUGAUAAGUUCUCUGCCUUAUCCUAAAUGUGUUCGCGAAGUUAGAUCAUUUUUAGGACAUGCUGGUUUUUAUAGGCGUUUUAUAAAGAAUUUUUCAAAAAUUGCUUCACCUUUAUGUGCUUUGCUUGCUAAAGAUGCUGUUUUUGACUUCAAUGAUGAAUGUAAGAAAGCUUUUGAUGAUUUAAAAGCCAAGCUGACAAGUGCUCCUGUUAUUAGACCCCCUGAUUGGUCGUUACCUUUUGAAAUAAUGUGCGAUGCUAGUGAUAAAACCAUAGGAGCUGUUUUAGGCCAAAAGAAGGGUAAAGAUUCUUAUGUGAUACAUUAUGCUUCUAAAUCACUUGACCCUGCCCAAACACUGUGACUGAAAAAGAAAUGUAUGCUGUGAUAUUUGCUUUGGAAAAGUUUAGAACUUAUUUACUUGGUACUCAUGUGAUUGUUUAUUCUGAUCAUGCGGCUCUAAAAUACUUGAUAAAGAAGAGUCAUUUAACACCUAAGUUACUUAGGUGGAUGCUUCAAUUACAAGAGUUUGAUCUAGAAAUUAGGGAUAAAAAAGGUUUUGAAAAUCAAGUUGCUGACCAUUUGAGUAGGAUUGUCCCUAGAGAAGAUUGGCCUAUGAUAAGUGAUUUUUUCCCCGAUGAACAAUUGCUUUCUUUAUAUCAUGUUGAAACUCCUUGGUAUGCCGAUAUGGUUAAUUACUUAGUAACUAGGACGUUUCCCCCUUUUCUAACUAAGGCUCAAAGAGAAAAGAUAAAGUCGGAAUCUAAAUACUACAUAAUGAUCCUUAUUUGUGGAAAUCUUGCUCUGACCAAGUAAUUAGACGGUGUGUAGAUAAACCUGAACAUGAUUCUAUACUAACAUUUUGCCAUAGUCUUGAAAGUGGAGGACACUUUGGUCCUCAAAGGACUGCUCAUAAAGUCUUAGAAUGUGGUUUGUAUUGGCCUACUAUUUACAAGGAUGCUUAUUUAUUUUGUAAGGCUUGUGAACGCUGCCAGAAAUCUGGAAAUCUGUCUAAAAGAAAUGAAAUGCCCCAAUCUGGAAUUUUAAUUUGUGAAAUAUUUGCUGUGUGGGGCAUUGAUUUUAUGGGUCCCUUUCCCGUUUCUUUUGGUAAUGUUUAUAUCAUUCUUGCUGUUGAUUAUGUGUCUAAAUGGGUAGAGGGGAAAGCUGUAAUAACCGAUGAUGCUAAAACGGUUGUUAAGUUUGUUAAGAGUCAUAUAUUUAAUAGAUUUGGCAUGCCUAAGGCCAUCAUUAGUGACAGAGGAACCCACUUUUGCAAUAAAACAUUUGGUGCCCUUCUGGAAAAAUACCACGUGACUCACAGAGUAGCCACUGCAUACCACCCCCAAACAAGUGGACAGGUUGAAUUGUCGAAUAAGGAGAUAAAGGGUAUUUUGGAAAAAAUGGUUAACCCAAGUAGAAAGGAUUGGAGCCUUCGUUUAGGUGAUGCCUUAUGGGCAUAUAGAACUGCAUAUAAAACUCCUUUAGGAAUGUCUCCAUUUAGACUUGUAUUUGGAAAAGCGUGUCACUUACCUGUGGAAAUUGAGCAUAAGUCUUAUUGGGCAGUGAAGCAAUGUAAUUUAGACUAUGAUCUUGCUGGGAAAGAAAGGAAAUUACAGUUACUUGAGUUGGAAGAAUUGAGGUUAGAGGCAUAUGAAAAUGCCAAAAUCUAUAAAGACAAGACCAAAGCCUACCAUGAUAAAAAUAUAGAUAGAAAAUCAUUUCAGGUUGGCCAGAAAGUCCUUUUAUUUAAUGCUCGAUUGAAAUUAUUUCCAGGAAAAUUACAAACUAGAUGGCUUGGCCCCUUUGUUGUUACUACUGCUUUUCCUCAUGGUGCAAUAGAAAUCAAAGAUUUCAAUACUAACAAAAUUUUCAAGGUUAAUGGCCACAGGUUAAAACCAUUCUAUGAUCAAGCUUAUGUGACCAUGAUUGAAGACAUUUUAUUUAAACAAGCAUGAAAAGAGAAAUGUCGAGCCAACGACGUAAACCAAAGGCGCUGAUUGGGAGGCAACCCAAGAUUAAUUAUUUCUUUCCUUACAGUUUUAUUUAUUUAUUUAUUUUACUCAUUUUAUUUUAUUUUUCAGCAUUCACUCCCUACAUAUUUACGCUAAAUUGUGCUUAUAACUGAGUUGCAAUUGCUGCACUAAUUCACUCCUGUCUCACAGAAUAUUUUAGUUACAAUAGUAUAUAUUUUAACAACUGAAAUUCACUAUACACUGAGUUUUGCUAGUCGGUUUGCAAGAGCUUAGCUAGUUUAGUUGUGGCUUAGAAUAUCUCAUUUGGUGUCAAUGUUCUGUCCAGAAUUGCAACCUUUCUUAUCAUCACAGUCUUAUUAUAAAGUGCACUGACAUUCUGCCUUAAUUAUGCCUUUCCAGGAAUUUGCUUCUUCUUGUGUUGUGUACCAGAUUCACAAAAUGGUAGAUUCCUGCUACAACUUUGGACAUAUUCAUAAAUCUUCGAUACUUUAAAAUCUGUUGCUCAAUGAAUAGAGCAGAAGCACAACAAUAAAGAAAAUAAAGGCAGACCAACCCGAGUCAUCAAAACAGAGAACAAAACCAGCUAAGUUUCUUCUCCUUUUUCUUCAUUUCUUUUUCAUCGAGGACAAUGAAAAGUUUAAGUGGGGGGGCCACUGUUGUUUUCUAUAUUUUGGAUGUUGGGAUGUUAGUUUGGGUUACAAUUUUAGCAACAAAAAGUUGUUUGCCUAUGACCAUUUUUAGGGGAGAUGCUGCCGAUUUUUUUUUAGAUAUUGGAAAUUUUGAGCUAAUAGAAGUAAAAUACAAAAAAGAAAAAAAAAAGUGUUUUUAUUCUCCGGUAUUCUUGAUAACCUAUCCUUUAAGCUUUUGUCAUUUCCCUCUGAAAAUGCAACUAAUUCAUGUUUUGAAAAUGAUUUAGGCAUUUAAAACAGUUUCUACGCCACAUCAACCAAAAAGCCUAUCCCUGUUAUUUUCCAUGAAUAAAUCACAAAUGUACCUCUACUUACACAUCAAAUGGUUAACCUUUUUGAAAUUAGUAGAGCAUAUUAAAGUGUGAUGUAAAAAUGGUUGUUGAUAUUCAGUGGUGAUACAUACAGUACUAUAAAGUGAAAGUUUCAAUAUAAGGCUCUGCGUACCAAUGAUUGGGUAUAUGUGUUAAUCAAUUCAAAUAUAGUGAAUUACAAAAAAAAAAAAAAAAAAAAAAAAAAAAAAAAAAAAAAAAAUAUUCAAACCCAGUUAUGUACGUGUGAUGUUUCUAUCUCUUGCUUGUGUAGUUUGAGUAAGUAGAUCGUUAGGGGAAUCUUAAAGCCUAGUGCCUUGGACCAACUGGACCGGGAGCCACUGGUCGAACACUCGUUACAUGGACUACUCAACAGAGAUUGAACAUUAAGAGUCAUGAAACUUACAAAAAAAAAAA